AUGCAGUGGCCAGUGGAGGAAGACUCUUCCCUGGACAAGACUGAGAGCCUGGAGAAGGAAAUAUCAGCUGGAAGAAGAAUAAUGGAACAUUGCCUAAACAAAACUUGUAACUCCACUUGCACAGAAAUUCCUUAUGAACAGAGUCAGACACUUCUGGUUGCUGUUUACAGUGUCAUUUUUGCUAUAGGCCUUCCAGCAAAUUGCUUAACUUCUCUGCUUACAUUUGUACAAAUCCGAAGGAAGAAAGUAGUUGUUAUCUACAUUUUCAGUUUAUCAUUGUGUGAUCUGAUGUAUUUAAGUACCUUGCCUUUCUGGAUUAUCUAUGUGCAAAAUGGGCACAAGUGGACCAUGGGUGGCACUGCUUGCAAAAUAACAGGAUUCAUCUUUUUCUGCAAUAUCUACAUCAGCAUUCUGCUUUUGUGCUGCAUCUCUAUGGAUCGUUACUUUGCAGUGGCGUAUGCUCUGGAAUCAAGGGGGAGGAGAGGACAGAAAAUGUCCACCAUAAUAGUCUGUUCUCUCUUUGCUGUGGUUGCAGGAAUCCACAGCCCAGUAUUUUUCAUGGAAGAUAAGCAAAAAUGUACAGAAACCUGCUUUGAGACAGUGCCUCUUGACAUAUCACUGGCUUCUUUCAGCUUUGCUAGAUUCAUAUUUGGAUUUGCCAUGCCCUUCACAAUCCUCAUUUUUACAAACUACAAAAUUUUCCAAACUACAAAAAGAAGCAACAGCUUGACUUGUCGCCAGAAAGCCAAAGUGAAGUAUGUGGCUAUUGCCAUUAUUGUUAUUUUCUUGAUCUGCUUUGCUCCAUACCAUGUGGUGCUCAUAAUAAGAGCCAUAUACUUCAUACUUCAUCAGGACUGCCCAUGUCCAUUUGAAAACAAGAUAUAUCCAGUUUUUACAGUGUUUCUGUGUUUAGGCACUGCAAACAGUGUUGCCGAUCCAAUCAUCUACGUUUUGGUCAGUGAAAACAUCAGAGAAGACUGUUAUAGGAGCCUGAGAAGAUGGGGAAGGAACUCAUCCAAGCUAAAUUCAUCCACUGAUCACAAUACUGACAACAUAAAAUUGGAAGUGCUGAAAGAAUCAGAGGCAGGGAGCCAAAGAAAAGAAAACAAAGAAAUAAGAGACUCAUCCGACAGUCAGAAGACCUGUACCACAGGCAGAGACCAAGAAAGUGGCAACUAG